AUGAAUCUGACAGAGUUUAAUCAGUCUGAUCACUGUGAUCAUUUAUCCUGUCCAGAGAGACCUGUAUCUCCUGCAGUUUAUAUCUUAAUGUACUUGUGUUCAGCUGCUUUGGUUCUGCUAACAGUGUGUGGAAAUCUGCUCAUCAUCAUCUCUGUUCUUCACUUCAAGCAGCUUCACACACCAACAAACAUGCUGCUGCUCUCUCUGGCUGUAUCGGAUUUCCUCGUUGGUGCUUUAGUAAUGCCGCCAAUGUUCAUCUGGACAAUAGAGUCAUGCUGGAUUUUUGGGAGAGGUUUCUGCACCGUCUUUUGGAUAAUUUGUGGUUUUCUAUUAAUUCUAUCAAUAUAUAAUAUCACUCUGAUUGCUGUGGAUCGAUAUUUGGCUCUCUCAAAUCCCUUUUUCUACAUGAGCAGAGUCUCUGUGAGGAUCACGUGUGUUGUAGUUAUUUUGGACUGGUUUGUGGUGGGAGUCUAUCUCUUGUUACUCAUGUAUUUCAAUGGAAAUUUCACAAUUUCUGUAAUGUGUCCCGGAGAAUGUUUUUAUUUUCUGAAUGAUGUUUGGACUGUAAUUGAUCUCAUAUAUUCAUUUAUAUUUCCACUUUCUGUAAUAAUCAUAUUGUAUACUCUAGUUUUUGUGAUAGCUAAGAAACAUGCCACUGCUAUCAGAGAGCUUAAUAAGCACACACGGCCUAAAACACAGAAAAUCACCUUACACUCCAUGAAAUCUGAGAGAAAAGCAGCUAAAGUCCUCGGUAUUUUAGUGUCUGUGUUUCUGCUGUGUUUACUUCCAUAUUUUAUUUACAGUUUAUUAGGAAAUGUGAUUGAACAACAGACAGAAACCAUUCAGAAACUUGUAAUCAUUCUUUAUCUUAAUUCCACCAUUAAUCCAGUUAUUUAUGCUCUUUUUUAUCCGUGGUUCAGGAGGUGUGUUAAAAUAACUAUAACUCUACAAAUAGUCCAGUCAAACUCUGCAUUAGCAAAUGUUCUCUCGUGA